AUGACGACAGAGACCAUUCUUUCACAGCAAGCCAUUGACCUUGCCUCAUCGGCCACCGACUGCAUCAAACAGGCGGCCGACCAUGCCUACAGCCAGAUGAGGCCAGACGGCCAUUGGUAUCUCGAGGUCCGCAGCAGCAUCUCCUUCACAGUCCAGUGGCUCUGCAUCCGACAAAUCAUCGGCCCCCAACUAUCUCGGGAAGAGGCCACCAAGUUCCAGACCUGGAUUCUAUCACAACAGAGCCACGAGAACGGUUCAUGGGGCCUGGCGCCCUCGGUCCAUGACUGGGCCGGAGACGUCUCAACCACAGUCGAAGCCUACUUCGGAUUGAAGCUUCUGGGCACACCAGUGGACUCCAAGGCGAUGCGCAAGGCCAGGGCCUUCAUUCUACGCAAUGGAGGCGUCGGCCAAGUGGGCGUCUUAACACAGCUGGUGCUCGCAGUCUUUGGCAUCAUCUCUUGGAAAGACAUGGCCCAAGUCCCCGCUGAACUGAUGGCGCUUCCCGCCGGCCUCUCCCCCGUCAACAUCUACUCAUUCUCCUACUGGUCGCGGGUGUCGGCUGUGCCCGUGAUGUUAUUGAAACAUCACCAGCCAAUUUUCCCACUCUACCCUCUCGGUUCCGAGGACGAAGAGGUCCUUGGCGCGACGUUCCUCGACGAGCUUUUUGUCAAUCCCCUAGAUCGCACACUCAAGUCUAUACCACGGCUGUCAACACUAUGGCAGGAAGGCCAGGUUGGCCGCUUCGCCUGCACCAUGAUCGACAAGGCUGCCAGCAUGGUUGAGCCGGUACUCAAGAGAUCCCCCCUACGCACCUAUUGCCUCGACCAAUGUGUGCAGUACAUCGUCCAGCACCUGGAUGACGGUGGCUUCGGCUCCCUCACCAUUUCUAACUUCUUGUGCGUCGUCGGCCUACAUGCCGCCGGGUUUCCAGCAAGCCAUCCCGUCAUGGGACAUCUCACGACUGCUAUGAAAGACGCCCUCUGGGAGGACGACAACGGUCUGCGGAUGCAGGUCACCAUUGGCCCUGUUUGGGACACAGCUCUGAUGACUCUCGGCCUACUUGAAACCGGAUUGGCCGAUGACCGGACAGAUCUGUCAAUCAAGUGGUUCAAGGAUCACCAGAUCCUCAAGACGCACGGCGACUACGUUGUGACUAACCCAAGAGCUGCUCUCCCUGGCGGGUGGUCAUUCCAGUAUUGUAAUGAGUAUUUCCCCGACAACGAUGAUACCCUGGUGUGCCUUUUCGCUAUCAUCAUGCGCAACCCCAAGGAGAUCAACUCGGCAUGCGGAUCCCGAGCCCUGAACUGGCUGCUUUCCAUGCAAGGGGGCGACGGCGGCUGGGGCGCGUACGAUAUUGAUAACACGAGCAAGAUUGCCAACCUCUUCCCGUUCGCAGACGGCGUCGAGUUCUUUGACCCCAGCGUCCCCGACAUCUCGGGCCGCGUCUUAGAGGUCCUCGGGUACAUCAUCACCGAACCCACGUGUUCUGCCAUCCUGCCCCCGGCUGUUCUCCAACGCGUUCGCGAGGCCUGCAGACGAGGUCUUCAGUACAUCGCCAAGUCGCAAGACAGGCUUACAGGCACCUGGUGGGCAAGGUGGCAUGUCAACUACCUCAACGGCACCAGUAGCGUGCUCUGUGCGCUGCCGUAUCUGCGGUCUAUCGAGCAGCCGGAGGAGGGCAUCCUCAUCUCGGAGCCGCUGGCUUGGAUCCAGGCCACUCAGAACGCGGACGGUGGUUGGGGAGAGAGCCUCGGCUCAUAUCGAGACGAGACGCUGGCUGGCCGUGGUCUCGUAUCAACGCCGACGCAGACUGCCUGGGCCAUUAUGGCGCUACUUUCCCAUGUUCCUCACACACACCCGGCCAUUGAGAGAGGGGUGCAGUAUCUGAUUCGCACUCAGGUUGAUGUUCCUACAGGCGCCACAUGGGAGCAGGAGGCAUACGUUAGCGUGGGAUUCCCCAACACGCUGUGGCUGGAUUUUGGGUGCAUGAAGCACGGCUAUCCAAUGGUUGCUUUGGGGCGUUACUUGCAUGCUUGUAAAGAACACUAA